ACUUCAACCUUGCAUGAAGUGUGAACGCCACAACAACGCCACCUGAGCAUCUCUGGCCCAUCUAUCCGCCCAAAAUGCAAUGGAACAUGCCUAUCUUCUUGGUACUUCUCAGCCUUGGUCUAUUUGGCCCGACGGGCAUGAUGCGUGAUCUAAUAGGGCGCUCCAGGCUACGCACGUCUCAGCCUUCCUUCACGCGUCGCCUCUCUCUUCUCUGAAAACAAAUUCGAGUCCUUUUCUAUUCCCUAAUUUCUGCCUUGAAGCAAACUCUCAAUUCCGUCUUCCGUGCAUUUUCAUUCAACUGCAGUUUCUCUAAUUCUCCCAUAUCUACGCCUUCAAUCAUGUCCGAAACCAAUGACACCUACAGCGCCCUCCAAGUUGAAGCCAUCGAUGGCUCCGAAGUCGUCAGCGUCACUGGAAUGGCGCGCUUUACUACCGUCAAGACUUUCAAGCGCAUGCUCGCCACCAAGAUCCGCUGCGACCCAUCGAAUCUCCGAUUGAUGGCUUUUGGAAGGCCAAUGGAAGAUGCCUCGACUCUCGGCGACUGCGGCAUCGAAGAAGACACCAUUAUCACGCGCAUCGUGACCGGCUCCUCCACGCCAUCAGACAACUCAUCCGCAUUUAAAGAGCCCAAAGUCCGGCCCGCACCCACAGCGCAGACUACAAACACUCCAUCUGACCACCCGUCCCAACUUCGCGAGAAAUACUCUGGUCCACAGCUGAAGACUCUGUUUAUCAAGAACCUUGACGGGAAGAGCUUGACGGUGCACGAUAUUCCGCUGCAGAUGCCUGUGUGCGAGUUUGUGGUGUAUUUUGCACACGAGAAGGGGCUGGACUCGGAGGGGAUACGGUUGUUGUUUGGUGGGAAGGAGUUGAAUGAGAAGAGCGAGCAUAUGCUUAUGGAUUAUGGGAUCAUGAACGGAUCUGAGCUUAGGCUUGUAUAUCGACUAAAGGGAGGGCUUUGAGUGCUUGAUCGGGAGUAAGAGGGUGCAGAAGGGCGUUACUUUGAAUAGUUGUGUUUUUGGAGGAGUAUAUACGGCCGGUCGACACGUUUGAUACUACGAGACACGAUUUUUAUUUACAUAGCGACAUUAAAAGAACAUAGCAAUCUAUUCCUCACACAU